UUUUUCUACCUCCUGGCGCCUCGCGUGUAUCGGCAGUUCCAGCUCUCCGGAAUGCGCUAAUCAUAGAAUUUAUCCAGUAAACUCCACGCCCAGUAACGGAUGCACGCACAAAUUUAAUCCACCGUCGAACGGAUGUUCAUCCAUGGUGAAUCCCGCGUGCAUCUCCAAUAACAUGGCAGGGAACUGCGUGUGUUGUGAGUCCAGCAGCAACUGCUUACAUUCUCCGGCCUCUAACUGCACCUCGGCCCUGCAACAGCUGUCUAAGCGUCUGCUGUCGCUGCUUCUGACGGCUGGGGUGCUGCUGGGGCUGCGACUGUGGAUGCUGCGGGGAAGCUCGCCCGCCUUCAGCGACCAGGACAACCCAGCCUCCUUCAGCCCCCACCUCAUCACCAGGGUGCUAACGUUUUGCUACCUGCCAGCCCUGAAUUUCUGGCUGCUGCUGUGCCCAUGGCAGUUAAGUCAUGACUGGCAGAUGGGCACCGUGCCACUCGUGAACUCCUUUGCCGACUCAAGGAACCUCGCGUCCUUGGUUUUCUAUACCACCUUAGCGAUGAUAGUCUGCAGAGCUCUACAGACCUCGAAGGUAGGCGGGUAUGACGGCGGGCGGGUAACCCGCAUGGGUCUGGCGCUGCUGGUGCUGCCCUUCUUGCCCGCAACCAAUAUCUUCUUCAGGGUGGGCUUUGUCCUUGCUGAGAGGAUCCUAUACAUACCCAGGUGA